CCGGUCACGUGUUCGUGUAGUCCGCGGGAACACUUCCAGGGUCGUUUCCUGUGUUUGUAAACUGAGAGACCGAGCGAAAAACAAAACAAGAGGAAAAAAGAAAACCGAAGGCGCAGAGAAACACAAGGGAAUUCUGCACCAAGGGACUCCUAGGCAUUUGAGUGGAUUUCAGCCAGUACCCUGGAUAGAGACAGAGUAAUAGCGUGUUGAGGGUUAUCUGCCAGAUGAUCGGGGCGGUUGAGAGUCUAACCUUCACAGACCAGCCUGAGAGAGGGGCCAAUCUGGAAUUCAGAAGACCUUAACAGCAGUGGGCUUGGAUGGCGCAUUUACCAGGCAGCGCAGUGAGGGAUCACAUGAAAUGGGCUGGUUUGCUGGGAUGUGAGGCAGUCCUAUCCAGCAUGGCCCUGAUGCAGGCCAGCUCCAUUGCCAGCCAAAAGAGAACAUCCCAAGGAAGUGAGUCCACAGGGGGCCAAAAAGAUUCAAAUGAGCGAAAUCAAAACCAAAUGCUCCUAUCAACUGGGCUGACAUGCCCUCCACUGGUUAUCCGGAAGGAGGGCGAGUUUCACACAUCACGCUUGUUAGAUGAGAAGCUACCCCGAGAUCAUGAAGACCAACAAACUAAAAAGAAAAACAGAAAAUCUGGGACACCUAUAAAAGGUCGCAGGAAUCCAGAGCCUGUACCUGCCGCAUCAGGCACAAGGCGGGAGCCGACCUUGGACGAAACACCAGUCCAUCAUGGGGUGGCUAUGGUUGAUGAAAACAAUGACUGCCCACUGAAAGUGCAGAAGAACUUCAUCUGUGAUCAUUGCUAUGGGGCAUUCCGGAGCAGCUAUCACCUCAAGAGGCACAUCCUUACUCACACAGGUGAAAAACCAUUUGCUUGCGAUGUCUGUGAGAUGCGUUUUAUCCAGCGCUAUCAUCUGGAACGCCACAAACGGGUCCACAGUGGAGAGAAGCCUUACCAGUGUGAUCGAUGCCAGCAGAACUUCUCUCGAACUGACCGACUCUUGAGACAUCGACGGAUGUGCCAAGGUGGUGCCAUGAAAACAGAGGCACAGUCCUGCUGCGACGGCCGAAGUUAUUCUCAGGAUCCUCCCACUCCCAAUUCAGCGUGGAGCCCCAUGUCAUCCACUGCCUCAAGCAGACUAGCUGUGUGAGCUACAUGAUGGACUUUGCCAGCACAACUGGCCUCUGGGUGGUGUGCUUUUGUAGGAACUUAAGUUGAUGUUGAGUUUUCAAACACAGAAACAUUCUAAGGCUUACAAGACCAUGUAUUAUUGGGCAUGUGACAUAACAUGACCCCCAGUAUGGGUUGGACUUUUGUAAACCAUGCCUUCACUGAGGUUUUCUUUAAUGUUUUCCCAUUUUAUACAUAUAUAUGUAUUUUUUUAUGUGAGAAUGUUAAGAGAGAGAAGAGAUUAAGGUCAAGAUAGACAUGCUAGGGGUGUAGAGACAGAUCAUGCUCAUUUGAAAAAGGCUGCCCUGUUCCACAUACCAUUAGCUGUUUACUGAUCUGGCCUGUAGAGACUUUUUAGGAUCAUGAAAUUUUGUGUGUUGUGUGGGUUGGGGGAAAGCAGAAGGACUGGCUUUAGACAGAAUUUGAUGAAUAGAUGAGAAAAGUAUUAUGCAUGAACAUGCACUCUUAAGCAAAAAGUUAUGAGCUUCCUUGGUCCAUAGGCGAGAGACCUCUCUAAUGACAUACUGUAUACACAGGGCAAAUGGAACCGGUGCUCUUUCCUAAUAAUAUAAUGUUUCACAUGUACUUUUUAAGAACGCCACACUGUUACCAGUGUUCGACAGGCUGCUUAUGAUUUACACUUCAUAGACAGCAUCUAUAGUAUUUGUUAAUACUUCACAGUUUAGCCAUCUUUGUGGUACUUGGGCCUUGGCAUCCUUGUGCAGGAUUCAAGGUAAGAAAAGAUGUACCUCAGAAAUUAAUUGUAGUUUUGUUCUUAAUUGCUCUAAAUUUUAAUAGAGAGAAUAGCAGCUACUUAGGGAGAUUUAGUUUAUCUAUCAGUUAGCUACUUACUUCUCAUGCAUGUACAGAAGGGCCCUUUAGGGAUCUUUGUACAUAUUUCUUGCCUAGAUAUGUUUUUUUUGUAUUAAAUUAAAAUAAAUAAACAGACACACAAUACCAACUUUCAACA